AUGAUCAGUGCUAGUGAUUUCUACAAGGUCAUGUGUGCUAUGGUUCCUCUAUACUUUGCAAUGCUUGUUGCAUAUGGUUCAGUCAAGUGGUGGAAAAUCUUCACACCAGAGCAGUGCGCCGGGAUUAACCGGUUUGUCGCAGUUUUUGCAGUUCCAGUGCUAUCUUUUCACUUCAUUUCUCAAAACAAUCCGUAUGAGAUGGACACAAAGUUCAUAUUAGCCGAUACUCUCUCUAAGAUGUUUGUGCUUGUUUUGCUAUCAAUUUGGGCUGUUUGCACAGGAAAAUUCGAUUGGAUGAUAACCCUCUUCUCAGUUUCUACUUUGCCGAACACACUAGUCAUGGGCAUUCCUCUGCUUAAAGCCAUGUAUGGAGAUUUCACGCAAAGCCUUAUGGUGCAACUUGUAGUCCUUCAAUGCAUUAUCUGGUACACCUUCUUGCUAUUUCUCUUUGAAUACAGAGGUGCAACGAUGCUAAUCCGCAGCCAAUUUCCUGGUUCCAUUGCUGCCUCCAUCACCAAAUUUGAGAUAGACAACGAUGUAAUAUCCCUAGACGGCCGGGGCCCACUUUGCACCGAGUCAGAAAUGGACGUCAAUGGACGCAUCCAUGUUCGAAUCAGACGGUCAACAUCUUCAGCUCCUGAGUCCGUAUUAUCAUCAUCCCUAGGACUUACUCCUAGAGCAUCAAACCUAUCCAACGCAGAGAUAUUCUCAGUCAACACACCAGCACCUUUGCAUGAAUUCCACCAUGCAAACGGUGAUAUUGCUUUUGGGCAUGGUGAUUUAGGGUUUGGAUACCAUGCAACAAGUCCUAGGUUAUCGGGUUACGCAUCAUCGGAUGCCUACUCACUUCAGCCUACUCCUAGGGCAUCAAACUUUAAUGAAAUGGACGCUGUGACCGCGACUGCCAUCGUAAACACUCCGAUGUGGAUAAGGUCUCCGGCUGCUGCCGGGAAGGUGCACCGCCAGCCGUCUCCGACAACGAAAAUAGUGUGGGACUCACCGGGGAAGGUGAUGAUCCAUUUUAUUGAAUGUUGGCUUGCAGAAAACGAUCUUAGCUUCAGAGAUUGCUCAAUUGUCGAAGUAGGUCCACAUGGUGCAGCAAAAGAUCAAGAAAUGCCAAAUGCUUUUGUCAUGUUAAGACUUAUUCUUAUAAUGGUAGGCAGAAAGCUUUUGCGUAAUCCAAAUACUUAUUCCAGUGCCUUGGGGCUUCUUUGGUCGCUCAUUUCAUUCAAAUGGAAUUUUGGGAUGCCAAGUUUGGUUAAAUACUCCAUCAAAAUAAUCUCCGAUGCAGGUCUUGGAAUGGCCAUGUUCAGUUUAGGGUUAUUCAUGGCAUUACAACCUCGGAUUAUUGCUUGUGGCACGAAAAUGGCGGCUGUAGGAAUGGUGAUUCGUUUUGUCUGUGGACCAUUGAUAAUGUCAGCUGCAUCAAUUGCGGUUGGACUAAGAGGAAUUAGAUUGCAUGCGGCCAUAGUGCAGGCUGCUCUUCCUCAAGGAAUUGUCCCUUUUGUCUUUGCGAGAGAAUAUGGCUUGCAUCCUGAUAUACUUAGUACCGGGGUAAUAUUCGGGAUGCUGGUAUCUUUGCCUGUAACGCUGCUAUACUACAUAGUCCUCGGCCUGUGAUGAACAUAGGGAACUCAAAAA